CUCUGUCAAGGUGAUAACAAACAAUUGCAAAAGUAAACAUCUCUAAUUAUUACAAAUCGCAUGAAAGAUUUAUUUUAACAUGUUUUAAUUUAACUUAAUUGUAUUUCUAUUAUCUUGCCUGGGACAAAUAUUGUCUCUUGUAUCAUGCAUGAAUUCCUUACCGAAAUGGGUUUUUUUAAAUUACUAAUUUCAUAUACUUAGCCUUUUUAGAUUAUUGUUAUUAUUUCUGCUAUCAUUUGCUUUCAAUAAGUUCACAGCUUCGUGUUUAACUUUCUAUUUCAUGCUGAUGUUUUUUUUUCUCCAGAUUAUUCUCUGUUCAUCUCAAGAUUCUUUAAUUAUAUGGUACAAGGACGAAGACAAACUUCUCGAUUAUAACAUGUGUGGUUCCCAUAUCUAAAUAAUGGCUAGUUAUCUAAUUUUCCUGAGCCCACUGCUGUUUUUCACUUUAUGCUCAACUGCAUCUGCCAAUUCGACGUGCCAGUUCUCUAUACCGAACAACGAUACUUUAUUUAAAAAGCUCUCCAAACAUUUUGACAAGCACAGCAACACGAUCGUCAUCGAAUACACCAUCAGACUGAACAACGGAAGUGGUGAAUUCAAUCUCUACAAAGGUUCAAAUUCAAAUUCCUUUGAGCCAUGGAAGUAAGUGAGAAUAUUCAUUGGAAAGCGAUCCGUUUUUGUAGUCCUUGUGUUUAUUAUGUUUUUAAAAAAAAAAAACAAACAAGGACGUAAAGAGUGGGUACAUUAAAUUCUUGGCUUCAACUAUCUUUGUAAAAGCUUAUUUGUCAACUAGGAUGAUCACAGCUAAAUUAAAGUAGUGCUUUUAAAAAAAAUAUAAAAUUGGGAAUGAAAAUAUUUAUUUAAACACAGGUAGUUUUAAGAAAAUGAAUUUAGUAAAGACCCUUAUAAAGUGAAAUAAGUCUUGAAAGGAAAUUUUAAAAUAAAAAAAACAAGAAGAUAUUUCUCAAUCUUGCACACACAAAAAUUCGUACUCAACUAAAUCCACAAGUUCUUUCUCUUUAAAAUUUAAUCUACUGAGACAGACAUAUAUUAAAAUUUUGAGACCUACAUAAUAACAUGGCUACGUGUAAUUUUUAUGUUAUCUAAAAUACUGAUGUCCUCCACAUAAACCAACAGCUGAUAUCGUUUAGUUAUGAUGCUUUCCCAAAUGGCAGUGGUAUUGGCAAAUGGGCACUUCCUUUUUUCCAAUUCAAACACUCUCAUUGAUUAUUUAUGUAAGAAAAUGUAAACGACACGAAAAGCUAAACAUGUGGGCAUUCAAUCAGUAGUUACCAAAUAGAUACGUCCAUAAUCUUAAAUUGAUGUUUUUACGUGUCAUUCCAUACGUGAAAAAACGCGAAGUAUUCGUGAAUCGUGUUCCGAAUCUCUAUUUGACAGGUGGUACAGGACACAGGGCGCUGGCAAUUCCCAUGUCUUGCUGACCUACGAUUUCUACUUUGGCAUUCUGAAAAGUAUUUUAGCUUUAGGCACCCGUCAGUAUGUUAUUAAUAUUGAUGUCCAACCACUGUCGUGUGUGGAGAGUGAGAACUUUGACCUUUUCAUCAGAGACAUCCUCUUACAAGGUGAGGCAAUAACUGUAGUAGUCCAAUAAUUAAUUGUAGAAAAAAAAAAUUAUGACACAAUGAUGGUGCACAUACAAAGAAUUAUGUAAUUAUUAUCUCUGCAGAUUUUAAAAUCAGUGGCAACUCAACGUAUCGGGCUUAUCCUAAAGCAGAUGAUGUUGACGUCUGUACGGCUCGAAUUGACGAAACCAACGAUGGUCGCGGUGAGCUAGUAUUCAGGUAACUUGGUAUCAUUAUUAGAUGUUAAUAGCCAUUAUUAAGUAGAUUGAUGAUUGUUCUUCGACUUACAACAAAAACAACUACAACAUUGGAAUAAUUUGUUAAAUUAGAACGACCAAGUCGCAGCUGCACACAAUGGGGAAUUUUAAAAAAGAAAAUUAAAGAAACCGAUUGCGUCUUGUCGUAAAAAUAAUACUUUCACAGUCUUACUUGUGGUAUGAAUUUUUGUUAAAUGACGAACCACAAAAUUUACAUAACAAAUUGUAAGCAUGUUUAAAUAGGUGUUCGAAAAAAAACUAAUUUUUAACUGUAAGAACUCUUGUGAAUGGAGGCAGCAGUGGCGUAGCGAGGCAGGUGCGGGGGGUGCGGACCGCACCGGGUGACACCAUUUUAGGGGUGACACCAUUUUAGGGGUGACACCAUUUUAGGGGUGGAACCCGAUUGAAAAAGUGCAUAUUUACAGUGCACACAUUGCUCGCAAAAAACGAGAUUCAUAAAAGAAUAACCGAUCACACAUAUAUUUUUCACAAAUGUAACCAAUCCAAAUGCGUGCUUUAUUAAAAGUUCAAGGUUGAUGCUAUACUGUGGACUUAUUUUAAUAAGAAAAAAUCGAUCACAGAAGUUUGGGGGGGGGGGAGGGGGGGAGAAAUCAUUAAUGGAGUGAAGGUUUUUAUAUUGUAAUUGUUUAUAUGGGCAGUCAAGAAGCGACCUGACUUUAAAAGCGUGCUUUAUUAAAAGUUCAAGGUUGAUGCUAUACUGUGGACUUAUUUUAAUAAGAAAAAAUCGAUCACAGAAGUUUGGGGGGGGGGAGGGGGGGAGAAAUCAUUAAUGGAGUGAAGGUUUUUAUAUUGUAAUUGUUUAUAUGAGCAGUCACGAAGCGACCUGACUUUAAACAUCCCCAGUUCUAGCAUUUUAGAGAAGACAAAUGACCAGUGACUAGCUUGAGGGAUGCGGGGGACCCGGACCGCACCAGGUGACGUCAUCUCAAGGGCGACACCACAUGAAGAAUUGCAUAUUUACAGCGUACGCACUGCUCAAUCUAACCGAGAUUCAUAAAGGAUAACCGAUCACACGUAAAUUUUUCACAAAUGUAACCAAUCCAAAUACGUGCUUUAUUAAAAGUUCAAGGUAAAUGCGUUAGAAAUGAGCUGACCCUAUAAUUAAGUCAGAAAAACAGUCAUUAUUCAACGCCGAAUGAAGUUUUCGGUAACUUCCGUAAGUGAUAGGAAGCUAUAUUUAUCUAAAUUCUUAGAAAGAAGGCUUUCCAUUGAUACCAAUCACGAUGUGGUCGGAAGAUUCUAAUUAAAAAAAUAUAAUCGGUAAAAAUUAAAAACAUGAAAAAUGAAUUUUUACCCAUUUAUAGGUGUUGCCAAAUAUUUUUUUUACAAAGUUUUCAAUCUUUUAAUUAUAAAUUCAAAUUUAUUAAAAUUUUUGAAAUUUUUUUUAUAAAACGUAUACAAUAUUAUAUAUCGAAAUCAAGAAAUACUCAAAAAUUAAUAAUUUCAUCGAUUCAUCAGUAGUAACGCCUCUUAAAAUUUGAGCGCGAGUGUCAUGUUUCGUCUGCUGGGUUUUACCUGUCCCCUUUCUGUGUUGUAUUUUGAUAAUGUCCUUACUGUUGUUUUUGAACUGUCGUAAGUAAUUAUUAAUAAUUUUUUUUGGUUGUCUUGAACACGACAAAAUUAUAGCAUUUUUUGUUGUUCAAGUAUAUUCUACCAUGCCACUCGGCGUGCACAAAUCUAAACGGCCUUGUAGUUGCCAGCAGCGAAAAGCAAAGAAGAAUGGUGUGGCUGACAAAAAUCACUACCAGGAUACGUGCUUCGAUUUUGCCAGAAACCCAACGAUUACUAUGGCUCAUCAAGAGACGUUCCACAGCCAACCAUAGAUACUGUUUCCUCCGAAUGCCUCCUGAUACCAGAAGCAUGCAAUCUAUACAUCAAAUAGUGGAGAAAAUGGAAACGAUUAACGUGAAAAUACAAGUAAAAGACAUGGAUGGUUUGGAAACAGAAAUAUCUGCUGAUAAUUUUGAUUCCCGGUUAAUGACAAAAAGCGGGCACUUUUUGACAGAUGCUUAUCUCUGGAGUGUACAAAUUCCAGAUUAUUUUUGCUAUGAAAUUAUUAAUAUAUUGAGUGCCUUGUUUCAGAACAAGGACGGACCAAUCAGCGCAUUGACUAGGCAAGAUGGGAAAUCUAAAGGGGUUGUGCGUCAACUAACAAAGCAAUGGUUCUACAGCUGUGGUUUUCAACCUUCCUAAUGCCCCGAAACUUAAAUACAGUUUCUCAUAUUGUGCUUACCCCAAACCAACAAUCAUUUUCCUUGAUUCUUCAUAAAUGUGUGUUUUCCGAUGUCCUUAGGCAAGGGUCUUUCGACACUCGAAAGGGUCGCGACCCACAGGCUGAGAACCGCUGUUCUACAGUAUGAAACCAAAUGACGAGAAUAUGCUUCAGCCGUGAAUGUAUUAUUAACUCGUCAGUAAGAAAUUGUACUUUUUGGCUGUAGAUUGUUUUUUUUUAAUGUUACAGAAACAAUGUAACUUUGAUAAGGGUGGAAACUGAGCACAAAAUUACAAAUCAUGAGGCAUCGGAAGAACACCUAUUUUCCCUUGAAAAGUGAAAAGAGCAGGACUUAAGAUACACAAAUUGAGGCAGAAAAUAUUGCUAUGAUGGACAGGGAGCAGAAAAAGUUAAGGGUUCAUGUGAGGGAAGCUUUUCAAAACUAAGCCUUAUUAAGAGCUAUUUACGUUCCACCUUCGACCAGUCAAGGCUUUCUGAUCUGGCUCUGCUAUCAAUUGAAAGUGAUGCGGUGAAGGAUGUUGAUUUUGAUCAAACGAUUUACAGGUUUGCAGCUUUGAAGACCAGGAAAGGAAAUUUUAAAUGAAGUAAAUUCAAUGUUAAAAUAACUGUAACGUAAGGCUAUUACAGUUUUUAAGUACGUGCACUCCAUGACCAUAAUUUAUGUUUUUUUUUCCCCUUGUCAUUGUUUUACUGUUACUGUGGACUUAUUUUAUCUAGAAUAUCAUGGAAUAUGGGGGGGGGGGGGACCCCAUAAGUUUACCGCAACGGAUGACAGCAAGCUUAGGGUCGCCCCUCCAAAGAACCAAUGCUACAUAAAACAAUUUUUUUUUAGUUUUUAAGUACGUGCACUUCAUGACCUUAAUUUAUGUUUUUUUUUCCCCUUGUCAUUGUUUUACUGUUACUGUGGACUUAUUUUAUCUAGAAUAUCAUGGAAUAUGGGGGGGGGGGUGACACCAUAAGUUUACCGCAACGGAUGACAGCAAGCUUAGCGUCGCCACUGCAAAGAACCAAUGCUACAUUAUACAAUUUUUUUUUUGAAAUUCCGGAUCUUAUUCAACAGUGCCUUAAAAAAAAUAAUCGGUUUUUCUCUUGUUUAUGCUCUUUCCUUUGCCAAAGCAAUUAAAAUAAACCCUCUCUCUAUCUUUCUUUCUAUUUAUCUCUCUCUUUCUCUCUCUCCUUCUCUCUCUUCCUCUCUCUCCUUUUCGUUUGUGUUGCUGGUUGGUUUGGUGGUGGUCUGUCUGUAAUAAUGAGACGAUGUUGUCUCUGAAAUAAAUGAUAAGACUUGAGAUUUUGUUAGAAGAAUAAGCUGUAUCCUUAUCAGAAGAAUCCCCCCCCCCAACCAAACCUUAUUUCAUCUGCUUCUUUUGAUACGUAGGGACCAUCAAGUGGGUUAACAGUUUGUCAUAAGGUAAAUUGCAGGCAUUGCCGGAAUUUACAUUAAGUCAGCGACAUAUCGCAUACACGAUGUGUAUGUUUCGGUUGCCUCCCUUGGACUAGAGCAGUCACUUAAAAAUCGCAAGGCUGUGGAGAUCUCAAUCAAUUUCCUCCAUUCUCAAUGUUAACGAAUCGAACAAAAUCGAAGAGCUUUGUUUUAUUAUUGACUCUUUUUUCCCCUAAAGAGAUUAACCAGACACAUUGCUUGAAAUCGAAAUGCCCUUCGACAUUCGACAGUCUGCUAGUGCUUUUGGUUACUUUGCACACUAAACAAGGGGAUUUGUUGCACACCAAACACAUGGCUUUGUUGCACACUAAAAACAGGGAUUUGUUGCACACCAAACACAGGGCUUUGUUGCUCACCAAACACAGGGAUUUGUUGCACACCAAACACAUGGCUUUGUUGCACACCAAACACAGGGAUUUGUUGCACAACAAACUCAGGGCUUUGUUGCAUACCAAACACAGGUGGGUUUUUUUACGCUGCGUUGGACCAGAAAUAAUGUGUCAGUCCAAACGGGUUUGAAGACACGACGUUCGUGGUCACCCUUCCGGGGACUGGUAGCUGCGCAUUACUUCUGCCUUUAAGCCUAGUAAUUGUGGUUACUGUGCGGGAACUCGAUGUUGGUCAUGUGACAAUGGGAUACACGUUGCCCAGCGCUCUAAUUCGAACGAUUGUCAGAGCUGCCAUCCUUCAUUCUCGGAAUUGUUUCUCGGAAGCGUCGUGAUUGAAUGAGAAAUCAGUGUCGUGAUUGUGGAAGAAAUCUGUGUCACCAUUGUUUAAGAAAACAGUGUCGUGAUUGUGUAAGAAAUCAGUCUCAAAAUUGUGUGAGAAAUCAAUGUAAUGAUUGUUUUAGAAAUCAGCUUCGUGAUAAUGUACUUAAUCAGUGGCAUGGCUGAGUAAGAAAUCCGUUCCAUCAUUGUGUGAGAAAACAGUGCCGUGAUUGUGUAAGAAUUCAGUGUCACGAUUAUUUAAGAAAUCAGAGUAAUAAUUGCGUGAGAAAUCAGUGCCGUGAUUGUGAUAGAAAUCAGUUUCAUGAUUAUUACAUAAGAUGUUUUAUUUAUUAAAAUUAAGUUAAGUCAGAAAGUUGUUUUUUUUAAAAUCACUAUGUAUGAAGAAGUUUAAUUUUUUUUUUCCACUACGCCAUGGCCCAUCCUACAUGGGAUAAUUCUUUUUUUUUUUUAAAGUAUACAAUGGGUAAUGCAAACACUUUUUAUUAUUUUCUCCACAGAUGUUGCAGCUACGACUCUGAGAAGAAAAUAUUUUGUGAUGACAAAUCUGUGAACAUCUGGGGCUAUGCUCUCAACAUAGUCGUCAUAGUAAUAUCCGUGUUUCUGGUGUGCUGCUUUCUCUGGGUGGUCCAAAGAGAGCAUGAGUACUUACACACUAAAUAUGUUUAUAAUUUGAUUAAUAAGAUUUUGUUGUCUUUUUGGGUUGUGCGGGAGAUUGCGUAUAAAUAGUUUUGGCAUUUAAAAGUAGAAGAAAUUCAUUUGACGUAUACUUCUUAACUUAAUAAUUUAGAAACAUAACAUUUUUCAACAGUUAAAGAUUUAAAGGGUUUUAAUAAAAUAUUUCGCGAUGUCAAGUAUUCACAGAAUAAUUAGACUCCACAAUUAAGUGAAUACUUUUUUCAUUUGGUGCAUAUAAAGAUUAGGUCUUGCAGAUAAAUACACCGACAUUUUCAACACAUUUAAAUUAAUUCGUGGCAUAUUUUUCGGUAAAAUUUGUUUCCAGGGAAUUGAAAAUAAAGAGGACUUUUCAUAAAUAUAUGACUUUUUUUUAGUGCUAUCUGAAACGUAACUUGCAUUAUAUUUUAAAGUUUACUAUUUUAAAGUUGACAUCCAUGAUUUCAAAUAUUAAAUAAUUUUGACUAAAUUUCUAUUGCAAUUCGUUUUGCCUGUGAUAUAUCGAAUACUUAUGUCAAGCUAAAAAUUUGAUCUAUUUUUCUCCCCAUCCAUUGAUUGAUUCAAAGAAAGGAGAUUUACUGCUAUUCGCCACCAGAUGGUUCCACCUUUGAAGUUCAAAUCGUCAAGAAGAAAACGAAUAAGUGAGUAUUCUUUCAAUAAUUGUCUAACAAAUUAUAUAUCAGUAUAAAAAUAGCCACGAUCUUUUACGGGUAAUAUUUGGGAUACAAAUUAGCAAAACAUAAAGUCUGCAUUUGAGUAAGUCAUUCAAACGUUAUUACAACGAAAAGGUUUUUUUCUCUUCGGGAAUGCUUAUAGCAGUUGCAUUAUUUGCUUUAUUAAAACAACUAAUUUUUGUUCUUUUUUUUUCAACAUUUUUAAAUUCACUCUGUUUGCUUGCACCAGGAAUAAUAUCAUAUACCUGCAAUAUGACUAAUACCAUAUACGGGCUGUAUGACUAAUAUUAUUUACAUGCAUUAUGAAUAAUAUCAUUUACGUGCAAUGUGACUAAUAUCAUUUACGUGUAACAUGACUAAUAUCAUUUAAGAGCAAUACGACUAAUACCAAUUAUGUGCAAUAUGACGAAUAACAUUUUAGAGCAAUAUGAAAAAUAUAAUUCACGUGCAAUAUGACUAAUGUAAUUUACUAGGAAUGUGGCUAAUGACAUUCAUUUGCAAAUUACUUAUAUCAAAAACGUGCAGUGUGACUAAUAUCAUUUUUAGCAAUGUGACAAAUAUCAUUACGUGCAAAUGGACUAAUAUCAUUUACUGGCAAAGUGACUAAUAUUAUUUACGUGUAAUAUGACUAAUAACAUUUACUGACAAUGUGACUAAUAUCAUAUACAUGGAAUAUGACUUAUAUCAUUCACCGGCAAUGUAUCUAUUACCAUUUACAUAAAAUGUGAAAAUGUCAUUUACGUGUAAUAUGACGAUAUCAGUGGUUCUUAGCCUUGCUAGAGGUACUAAACUACACCAGUUUCAUAUUCGCAUUCAUCGAACCCUUCUUAAUAGGAAAAAAUAAAAUAUGAUUUCUUUCAAAUUCAAAACAUAGGUAUAUCUUUUACUGGUGCACAAAAUGAACCGUAAAUCAACAUCACUGUUUUCAAAGAAAAAAAAACUCAUUAAAGCAUGAUUUUCACACAAAAACAAAAACAUAAUAAUGAAUAUUUACUGCAAAUUAGACUUCUGUUGUUGCCUUUCAGGGACCAGUUCAGAAAUGCACCUUUACCGUGGCAAGUGCCACUCUCAUGUCAUUUUCGCAACAAAGGCUGUUCCUUUUCUUCGUUUUUAUGUCCAGCAUCCGCAAAAAGGAUUGCUCGCAAAGAUAUUUUUUAGUCAACGGUAUGAAAAUCUCCAGAGCUUUCUUAGCAAUAACAAUAACAGUGUACGUUACAAUUUGUUGACACCAAAGCGUUGAGAGCAUUGUUUUUCUGAAGAGUUGCUGUUGAAUCUAGCGCUGUUUAAUCUCAAUGAUUUCAUCGAGUAAUUCAUCAUUGACAUCAGUUAUCUCAAUAAUAAACGUGGAUGUUACUCUCGUGUAGGGAAGUAUCCGUCGAGAGACUUUGCCAGCUCAUCUAAGUGCGUGCCAAUUGCUUGCUUCAGCUCCACGGGUACAGAAAUGUCUCCGAUUCUUGAUACAUCUUCAAUCUUACUUACACAGUGGUCUAGCAAGGGAACGUUUGCGAAGUUAGCGUUCUCUGUUCGUCGUUUCCAUAACGGUAGCUUUUUAUAAAAAAAAAAUCCUUCAGGUUUCUUCCGCGUCGAUGAUGUUGACUCCACCGCCCUGCAUCUGUUGAUCGAGAUGAUCGAGGGCUGCAAAGAUAUCAGCCAUGUACGCUAGAAUGAGAAUGAACUUAGAAUUUUUGAAGCAAUUGGCAUGACGAUGUUGGUGCUCUUGAAAAAACAUGGCUAAUUCCACACGCACGACAAAAACACGAUUCAGCACCUGUCCCCGGGAUAACCACCGAAGGUUAGAAUGGUACAGAAGUACCUCGAAUUCAGAGCCCAUUUCUUUACACGGCUCACUGAAGGAUGCUGUGCCUCAGAGUACUAUUUCGCACAGAGUUCACGCAUUCCACUACAAUUUGUAAUUCCUCUGCCAGUUUUGGAGGCUAGGUUUUUGUUGCCAAUGCAAUUCUGUGCAGAAUACAAUGCGUAACUAUGAUAUGUGGUGCAUCGGCUUUGACUAUGCACCAAUAAAUCCCAGCAUGACUGGAGCUCCAUCCGAACAAACUGCAGAAACUAUAUCCCACGAAAGAUUGUUGUCUUUGAAGACGUCAUCCACAAAUUUGUUCACAUCGGCUGCUUUAUUUGUUGUUGUAAAGACGCUUACAAUUUUUUUUUAAAAUCUUCCUUUAUCACUCCGUCAUUCACAAAGCACACGAAUACAGCUAGCUGGCUUAGAUUGGAAAGUCUGUAGUCUCAUCGAGUAGAAGACAUAAUUUUGCUAGGCUUGAAAUCAAAUCUGCAACUACUUGAGACAAGAUGUCUUUGCUCAUGUCCUCUAUUCUGUUGCUGAUGAUGUCAUUUGAAAGAGGAAUUUGGGAUAACAUAACUUCAGCCGCGUUUCCCAGCAUGAUAUUCGCCAUCUUCAACAGAGCUGGAUUUAUGAGUGUUUCACCAAUGGUGUGUGGUUUGCCCUGCUUUGCGAUCAGAUAGCAACUUCGUACGAUGCUGUGAGGAUCGGUUUGUUGAUGGGUACAAAGCCGAGAACAGGCAGAGUAGCCUUUUCAUCGAAACUGGCUCUCUUCACUUUGAAUUCAGCGAGCGCUGUGUUCUUGUAUUUUCCAUCUCCGUGCAGCUUAAAGAAGUGUUCUCUUACUUUUGCUGGUGCUAGACUAGAAUUGCACAACUUGCCAUUGCAAAUCAUGAAGAUAGGACGUUGACUCUCAUCACGUUCCGUUAUACAUGUGAAUCCCUAUUGUACAUUUUAGCCCGGCAACUUUAUUUUUUUGCUCGACAUAAUUAGUAUGAAGGGAUUAAAAUAUUAAAAAGAAAUCGCGCGAAGUAACAUCACGACAGUCACAAGACGACUAAUGGGCCACCAUAUGGAAAUAAAAGCUAUGUUCGGUCGGAGUACGAAAUUGGGUUCGUUCUGCGCAUGUUCGUCACAGCACGUGUAUGCACAAUCAACGCGUGCCUUUAUAGGUGGCGUUGACACGAUUCGUGAUGUAUGUGUGUCGUGAGGUCAAGGGUUCCACGUUCUAGAAAUAUCACGAUACCGAAACGUGUUGUCUCGCUCUGGCGCACUUUUUUACUAUGUCACGCUUUCGCGAUCGCGCGUCGUAUUUGAUUUGUCCUCGGCCGCGGCCGGUUGUUCUAUUGUCCGCACUGCACAAAAUCCGAUCGCGAACCCCAUGAGUCGGGUGUGUGUCUUGACCUCCGCCGAACCCCUGAGACUGACUCACCGAACCCCUGUCAUUUACUGGCCACGUGGCUAAUAUAAUUUUGCUGGUGUUGCGACUAAUAUCAUUUACUUGCAACAUAGCUAAUAAUAUUUACUGGCAGUGUGACUUGUAUCACUUACGUGCAAUGUGAACAACAUAAAAUAAGUGCAUUGUGACUAAUAUAAUUUAUGUGCAAUAUCAAUAAAAUCAUUUGCUGACAAUGUGACUACUGUCAUUUACGUGCAAUGGGAAAAAUGUCAUAUCGGACAAUAUGACUAAUUUAAUUUACAUGCAAUGUGAAUAAUAUCAUUUCCUGGCAUUGCUACAAAUAUCAUUUACUGGCAUUUUUACAAAUAUCAUUUACUGGCAUCGCUACAAAUAUCAUUUACGCGAAAUGUGAGUAAUUACAUUUACUAGUAAUGUUACUAAUAUCAUUAACGUGCAAUAUGACUAAUAAUAUUAACGUGCAAAAUGACUAACAUCAUUUACGUGCUUUAUGUCUUAUAUCAUGUAUAUGCAAUGUGACUAUUAAAAUUUACAGGCAAUUUGAUUAAUAUCAUUUAGGUUAAAUGUGACUGAUGUAUUGUAAGUGCAAUUUCACUAAUAUCAUUUAGGUUCAAUACGACAAACAUAAAUUUACGUGCAAUGUGAUUAUAUAAUUUACGUGCAAUGUGACUAAUAUCAUUUACUGGCAGUGUGACUAAUAUUAUUUACGUGUUAUGUUAUUAAAGUCAUUUAGUUGCAAUAGUACUAAUAUCAUUUACGUGCAAAGUGACUUAUAUAAUUUUCUUGCAAUAUGCCUAAAAAAAUUUAGGUUUAAAAUGACUAAUAUUUUUUACUUGCAAUUUGACUAAUAUUAUUUAAGUGCAAUAUGACUAAUAUCAUUUACGUGAAAUUUAACUAAUACAAUUUACUUGCAAAAUGACAAACAUCAAUUAUUUGCAAUGUGACUAAUAACAUUUACUGGCAAUGUAACUUAUAUAAUUUACGUGCAAUGUGAUUAAUAUCAUUUAUGGGAAAUAUGACUUAUACCAUUUACUAUCAAAGUGACUAAUAUCAUUUACUGGAAUAGCGAUUAAUACCAUGUGCGAUAAAUGUGACUAAUAUCAUUCACGGGUAAUUUAACUAACAUCUUUAAUGUGCAAUAUGACUAAUAUCACGUACAUACUAUGUGACUAAUAUCAUUUACAGGCAAAGAGAAUAAUAUUUUUUACGUGCUAGAUACUUAUAUCAUUUACUGUAAGUAUGACUAAUACCAUUUACGUGCAAAAUUGCUAAUAUAAUGUACUUAAAAUAUGACAAAUCUCAUUUAGGUGCAAUGUGACUUAUAUCAUUUCAGAACAAUGUGACUAAUAUCAUUUACGUGCAAUGUGACUUAUAUGAUUUCAGAACAAUGUGAUUAAUAUCAUUUACGUGCAAUGUGACUUAUAUCAUUUCAGAACAAUGUGACUAAUAUCAUUUACGUGCAAUGUGACUAAUAUCAUUUCAGAACAAUGUGACUAAUAUCAUUUACGUGCAAUGUGACUAAUAUCAUUUCAGAACAAUGUGACUAAUAUCAUUUACGUGCAAUGUGACUUAUAUCAUUUCAGAACAAUGUGACUAAUAUCAUUUACGUGCAAUGUGACUAAUAUCAUUUCAGAACAAUGUGACUAAUAUCAUUUCAGAACAAUGUGAUUAAUAUCAUUUACGUGCAAUGUGACUUAUAUCAUUUCAGAACAAUGUGACUAAUAUCAUUUACGUGCAAUGUGACUAAUAUCAUUUCAGAACAAUGUGACUAAUAUCAUUUACGUGCAAUGUGACUUAUAUCAUUUCAGAACAAUGUGACUAAUAUCAUUUACGUGCAAUGUGACUAAUAUCAUUUCAGAACAAUGUGACUAAUAUCAUUUCAGAACAAUGUGACUAAUAUCAUUUACGUGCAAUGUGACUUAUAUCAUUUCAGAACAAUGUUACUAAUAUCAUUUACGUGCAAUGUGACUAAUAUCAUUUCAGAACAAUGUGACUAAUAUCAUUUCAGAACAAUGUGACUAAUAUCAUUUACGUGCAAUGUGACUUAUAUCAUUUCAGAACAAUGUGACUAAUAUCAUUUACGUGCAAUGUGACUAAUAUCAUUUCAGAACAAUGUGACUAAUAUCAUUUCAGAACAAUGUGACUAAUAUCAUUUACGUGCAAUGUGACUUAUAUCAUUUCAGAACAAUGUGACUAAUAUCAUUUCAGAACAAUGUGACUAAUAUCAUUUACGUGCAAUGUGACUUAUAUCAUUUCAGAACAAUGUGACUAAUAUCAUUUAUGUGCCAAGUGAUUAAUAUUAUUUACGCGCGAUAUAUCUAAUAUCAUGUAAAGGCUAUGUGACUAAUAAAAUGUACUUGCUAUGCACUAAUAUCAUUUAAAUGCGAAGUGUCUUAUAUCAUUUACAUGCAAAAUUGCUAAUAUAAUGUACUUAAAAUAUGAAAAAUCUCAUUUAGGUAUAAUGUGACUAACAUCAUUUACAUGCAAUAUGACUUCUUUCAUUUAAAUGCAACGUGACUUAUAUCAUUUACGUACAACAUGACUAGUAUCAUUUACUGGCAAUGUAAUAUCAUGUACGUGUCAUGUGACUAAUAUCAUUUAUGUGUCUUAUGACUGAUAUGUUUUACAAAAAAUAUUGAUUGGAAUACGUUUUUAUUCAAACUUAAAACUUUCCGUCAACAAAAUUUUUUUUAGGCGUACAUGCGUGAAUUAAUUGUCUGAUAUCCAGUGUUCAUGUUAGAUGUAGUACUAUUUGGAGCUUGGAAAUGUUAUCUUCCUUUAUUUGCUUGAAUGAAAACAAAAGGCUUUAACAAUUAAUCCGGGUUGACAAAUGGGUGAAGGGGGGGGGACUCGGUCCGAGGGACAAAAUUAUUGGGGGGGGGGGAGGGGGAAAAGAUAGUCAUUUAAUUGGACCUUUAUAGUGAGUUAAAACGGUAGAACCCGAAACACUUCAAAAUAAAAUAAUUUUAAACUGUUAACAUGACGUCAUAUGGUCGAAAAAAGUCGGUGGCUAAUAAUAUUAUAGUUUAUGGAAUUAUUCGAAAAAAAAACAGUCGUAACAUAACAUACAAUUGUGUGCAUUUGUCUUUAUGUUAUGUUAAAAAUUAUGUUGAAUUUCAUUUUAGAACCAAGAAAUAUAUUUUGCUCCCACCUGAGACUUUGAAAAGAAAGGAGAAAUUCAAGGAGCUCAUUCAAGCAGCUAAAGAUAAAAAUUACACUGUGUCUGUGCAACGUGUGUAUUUGACUGUGUCCAAACAUCAGCUCUACAGCAAGUUAGAUGACGUGAAAAGUCUUAGAGAAUUGCUCAAAACUUUAUUUAUGGUACACACUUAUUAAAAAAACUAAAUUUUAAAAAAAAUACGCAUUUCAAAUAAGAAACGAGUUUACCUCAUAUCUUUCUAAAUUAAAAAAAAAUAUUGAUAUCUUACUGUAAUAUUCCAUUACUAGCAGAGGCAUUGCCUUCUGUGAUAUUUACGCUGGUUUUCUCUAAAGAUACGUUUUGUGAUUUCAAUCUAGUAUGUCGAAUUUUCUUUUUCUUUCGCCAUAACCAUGGUUGCUUUUGAAAAAAAAAAUAUUGUUCACUUUGGUCGAGGACUGAUCAUUUAAUAAGAAUAAGUUUCAUAAUUUUCAGACGUCAAGCUAUCCUUCACACCGCGCACAGGAAAGGCUGCAGCCCAAAAAUCAUGAUUUUUUUUUCUUCAAAAUGAAUCAAGCCCAUUGAAGGAAAAGAACGAAAGUGGAUCUCCUUAUUCAUGCAUUUCUCAUAUACCGAAAUGCGUUUCUUCCAGCCUGCGCAUUCUCUGGAACACAUCUCUAAAACAUAAUGCACAAAUUCUACAUAAUUACCGAUAUUUCACUAUUUAUGAAAACACAUUGUUAUGGCUAAAGCAGUUUUUGUACAUUUUUUUAUAUUUGCAUUAUGAUUAUGUAAAAGAGCAAUUUUUAUUAAGUCUGUGCUAUUUUCUUACCCCAAAAAACUUUGUAAUGGUACCAGGCUGCAGGUUAAAGUCUUUUAAAGAAAUGUAAAUGAAGUAACCAUGUGCAGAAUGUGGUGCAAGGGAAACAAUCUUAAUGCUCCAAAUUUCUAUGAUUUUCUCCGACUACCUCUUUCAAAUUAAGCGACCGAAGUUUCCUGUCAGAGUCUCCUCUGCCAUGAUAGUAGAACAAGAGCCAUCAUCGGCAGACAGGACAAAUGGAGAAACAUUCUCUUGUCAGCUGAGGAAGGCUCUUAGCCGAAAAUUUCUUCCUUUGUUGUCUUGUCUUUAUAUUUAAAGCCUCGACAUACCUUGUUCCACUAUAUUCUUAACACAAGUUGAAGACAAUCGUUAACUUAUUAUCUUUUGCCAUGCCAAUGAAAAAGCUUAAGGGUAGACUUAUUAGAGUUAGAAUGGAUUAAAUGAGAUCCUGAGUGAAGCGUCAUUUUUGACAAACAUUAGACCCUAUAUUGGAUGCCUUUAGUGGAAACCCUUCUGAGAACAAAAGAAGCAAGGAGGAGACAUUAUGCCCACUUUUAAGGUUAGAGAUCAAGUUAAUCACAGAAUGGAAAUAGUUUAUUCACAAAACUCUUCAUUUUUACCAAUAUAUUUUGUUGAGGAAAUGAUGAAAUAUAGUCAGAAUUUCGUUUUAAAUUAUUUCAUUUGUUUUAAGUCCCGAUAACUCAAAUUGAAGAUGGCGUCGUUGGGUCAUCGAGCGGGAGCUCUUAAACCCCCCCCCCCCAGCACACCCCCACACGCGAUGACGCUGGAUCUUCCUAUCGCUACACGGUGCGGAAGAGUAAGAAUUUCGUUUUAAAUUAUUUCAUUUGUUUUAAGUCCCGAUAACUCAAAUUGAAGAUGGCGUCGUUGGGUCAUCGAGCGGGAGCUCUUAAACCCCCCCCCCCCCAGCACACCCCCACACGCGAUGACGCUGGAUCUUCCUAUCGCUACACGGUGCGGAAGAGUGCCAGGACCUACCCUAAAGCUUAGGGAAUGUACGGUCGACCAUACACACUCUUCAGAAUGUGGACAGUACACUCUCCGUGGAUUUAGAAAGGCUUUACUUCCUCUACAGAGGAAGGGUUUUUCGUUACCCUCCCUCACCGCCCAGGGAGUUGUUCGGUCUAGACGUAGCGGUUCGGGACAAAACGGUCGCCUAGGAACGGCUUUCUAAGCGCCGCGCACUUUUAACCGUUGGUCAGGUUAUUAUUGCCCCCCAAGCCUCAUAUCCAUUAUCGGCGACAAGUAGUCAUGUUAGUGCGCUUCUUCCGUUGCAUUGGAAGUCAUGCGUGUGGCUGGGAUCUUUUAGCUUCAGGAGGAAACCUCCCUACUCAUCUUUUACGCCGCGCAGAGGCAAGAUCCCAUGUAACAACGCCGCGUCACCUCGGUGGUGUGGGUCACAUGCUUAGAGGCGUUCGGUCAGGUCAUUCCCGAAGUUUAAGUCCCGAUAGGUCUGUCAAUUAUACAAAUUCUGCCAAUUCCAAAUGCAUACUUAAAAUAUGUAUGACAGCGAUGGGGAGAACAGAUGUUUAAUUCUUGAGAUUCAUCAUGGCAGACAGCCUGCGACUUGACAUUGGUGCAAUUUCAAACAACAAACAACCGAGGUAACUUUGGUACAUUGGGCGGGAGAUCGAAAAGCGAGACGUGAUCCUGUAAAGCAGGGCAACGAAGUUGAUGCGGUUCAGCAAAUGGCAUUGUGCUUACGGUCUUCUACAGUAUUCUCUUAUAUUGUGGCGUGACUGCGUCAUUAUUCCAAUUUCAAAGCCGUUCGUAAGAAAAAUUCUACUUAAGAAUUCUACUCUUUAUUAAAUCAUGGAAAGACCAAACCAUUACAACUCCAUCCAACUCUAUUUUUAAUUAACCCUAACAUUGCAGCGGAGCACGGGUAUUCAGCUAGUUCAUGACAUUAUACAAACACGUUUGAUGUGUUAUUGGUUGGACAUAGUGUUCUGCAUCUUUUAACAAACAAAAAAAUUCUCCCACACAGAAAUCGAAUCGUAACAGAAAUCGAAUCAAAGCUUCAAGAGCAAACUCAGGAACAAAAAAAAAUCGAAAAUCAUCUUAAUUUUCAAAUACUCGAAUGACCGUGCAUCGUGUUUAAAAUGUGUAACUGUAACAGCUAUCAUAAUUAAUAUAUGAAAAAAACUGGUCUAGUUACUUUUUGCAUGCAUAUAAUGGAUAGUGGUAAGACCUAUAACGACAGGCCUAUCAGAGUGUUUCAUUAGGCCGAACCAUCCAACGCUUAUUGCAUAGAUCUUAUUGGAACUACAUAAACGACAUCUUCUCAGAGGAAGACACCCCAACCAAGGGUGUCAAGAACAAGCACUUCUGGAGCUAUGUGAAGCACCAAAAGUCCUCAAAAGCUAGAGUUUCCCCCCUGAGGUGGGAUGGCCAUUUGACAUCUGACUCAAAAACACAGGCUGACAUACUCAAUCAGCAGUUGCAGUCGGAUUUUGAUGACGGUAGAGAGUUCCUUUUGAAGACCAAAAUGAUGAACAGAGCCUACCCUGCUAUGGAAGAUGUACAGAUACCAGAGCAGGGUGUGCUUGCCCUCAUCAAAACCAUUAACCCUUACAAAGCAUGUGGUCCUGACAACAUCAAACCACGAGUGUUCAAAGAAUUAGACAAUGAAAUCGCUCCUUCACUGACAAUCCUCUUCCAAUCGUCGCUAUGCACAGGAAAUGUUCCCGCAGGCCUUCAACAGUGCACUCAAAACACAUCUCUUUAAACUAUACUACCUUGACUGAUUCCCCUUCUCUGACCGAUAAACGAUCCUGAAGUCCACGGUGUGCCAUGUAAGAGUUCUGGGGUGGGUGAAUAUACAUUGGUUUUUGUUGUUUUGUUUACACGCUGUUUUUUAUUUAAUAAUUGUAUUUUUAUUUUAUUUUCAUGAUUAUGUCUCUUUUGCUAGUAUUUUUAUGUACAACGUGGGACACCGUGCUAUAUAAAAAUGCUAAUUAUUUUUAUUAUGUUACUUCAAUCUACAAGAAAAAGGAGCAUUACACCCUACCAACUAUCGUCCGAUAUCCCUCAUUGGCGUGGUCUGCAAACUGUUGGAGCACAUAAUCAUCGUUAACACAGUCAUGAAGCAUCUUGAAAGCCAAAAUAUACUCAAUGACUGUCAGCAUGGCUUCCGAGUCAAUAGAUCGUGUAAGACCCAGCUCUUUGAAUUUGUAGAAUACUUGAUGACCAAUCUGGAGAACCACAGACGUGCUAGUGAUGGACUUCUCAAAGGCAUUUGACUGUGUCAAUCAUACUUUACGUCUACACAAACUCCAGAGAUAUGGUAUUGAAAACACCACAAAAACAUGUAUCUCUAUCUUCCUCAGAAAACGAUGCCAGGAAGUAGUGGUAGACAAUACAAGCUCCUCCUUUAUCGAUGUGAAGUCAGUCAGGGAUCAGUGCUAGGCCCCGGUUUGUUCCUAGCAUAAAUUGCAAAGCACAAUCUGGCCUUUUGUGGCCACAACAAGAUGUAUCUUUCCUGAAACUUUCUUGAAAUGGUUGAAAUGCCAUCUAAAUAUGACCCAGUUCUAAAGGAGCACCAAAAUGAGACUUAAGAGGAGUACAUUUACAGAAAAAGCACGCGCAUCUUACCUUUCACAAAAAAACAAAAACAAUUGGGGAAUUAUGUUCGAAAGUACACCUGAUAUAUCUCACACUGACCACACAGAUUUAUAAAGUGAUCAGAUACAUGAAAAUCUGGGAAAGUUGAAGUGUGAGAAUUUUUUCUUGGAUUUGUCCUGUUAAGAGGGACAAAAGCUGUUGACCUUAUUUCUGACAUUUUUACAAAUCUAAAAUAUGAUAAACUAGACAUAAUGAUGUUCAUCGAUAAAGGUUACGAUAAUGCUCCCACAAUGUUUUCAAAACUAAGGCUCAUCAAAAAGUAAUGAAGAUCCACGAUGGGACAGUAAAGGUUUACUGAUCUGCCUCUGCUAUCAAUUGAAAUUGAUACGAUGAAGAACAAUGAUUUUGAUCAAGUGAUUGAAUGGUCUGCAGCUUUGACGGCCAGGAAAGAAAAUUUUAAAUAAAGUAAAUUUGACGUAACAAUGACAAUACAUUGGAGUUGUUACAGUUUAUAAAAACAUUGACCUCAUGACAUCCAAUUUAUGUUUUUUUUGUUCUUGUCAUUGUUAUACUGUGGACUUAUUUUAACAAAAAGAAAUCCAUCAUGGAAGGGCUGGGUGGUAAACCAUGAGUUUACCACACCAGGUGACACCAACCCUAGCUACGCCAAUGGCCAUCAUAAGAGACGUAGUGUAGAUCAGGAAUUUUUAGAAUAUUAUUCCGAAGUGAAGGGAGAUGAUGUUAUGCAAUAUUAUUGGAAUUGUGAUUGAUGUGAUGUGAUCGAAGUCCUCAAAAAAUUCCUAUGACAUAUGUAUUUAUUUAUAUGGAUAUUGUGAAAAGUGAGAUUAAAAUAGUCAAUUUAUCUUUGUACUGGGAUGACUCCACUGUUAUUUAUUACUUAAUAUAACAGUGAAAGUAAUGUCUAAAAAAUGUAUUAAUUUAAACUCAUUUAUUUUCUUUUACGUAUCAUAUUUAUAAUCAGCGGCUUCCGCUUGUAUAUGACAUAUUAAUACAGUAUAAUCGAAUCCGAAUCAGUGGCUUAUGUAUUUAAUGUGGAUGGAAAAUGAAAUACAGCACAAAAGAAUGCCUAACAUUGGAAUGGUUAUGGAACUGCUGGUAUAAUCAGUGCCAGUGGCUUAUUUUUGCAAAGUUUAAAGAGCAUGAAAUACAACAAGAAUCAGUGAAUCAAUUAUGCAAUUGUUAUAGAUCAUAACUUCUGAUAUAAACAUUUGAUUAUAUUGAUAGAAAAGUUCAAUUGGGUUAACCGUUGCAAUUCGCCAUUACUGAAAGUGAUAAAUGGGGAGUUGUAGAGCUAUUUUAGCACACAAAUUUAUGUUUGCUAACGACGUUUAGUCAUUAAUCAAUGGAUAUAUGAUUUUUUUUUAAAUUUAUAACAACAAUUUUCUUAUACAUAAAUUUUAUUUCGCAGAAGAGUAAACACACUGACUCAACAGAAAGCUUAACUAGCAAGAUUGAAGCCAAGGUAUUUUUCUACACUUCGAUAACCGUUGCAAUUCGCCAUUACUGAAAGUGAUAAAUGGGGAGUUGUAGAGCUAUUUUAGCACACAAAUUUAUGUUUGCUAACGACGUUUAGUUAUUAAUCAAUGGAUAUAUGAUUUUAAAAAAAUUUAUAACAACAAUAUUUUUAUACAUAAAUUUUAUUUCGCAGAAGAGUAAACACACUGACUCAACAGAAAGCUUAACUAGCAAGAUUGAAGCCAAGGUAUUUUUCUACACUUCGAUAAUCCUUUCCCCUUACAUCAUACAUGAAACGGUUAUUUAUGUUAUUUUAUUCCAAUUCAUUUAUAUUUGUAUAUUUAUUUUUAAUAAUUUUAUGAGCCUUAUCAAAAAGCUUUACACCACAGAUAUCAGAAUGCCCCGACCGAGUGAAACAGUGCGUGAAAAACUUUGUGACCAUGGCCAUCCUGACGCUGCC